UCUCUCUCUCUCUCUCUCUCUCUCUCUCUCUCUUUCUCUCUAUUAUAUCUUCUUUUUCAUCAUCAUCGUCAUUAUUAUACCGAAGGAGUUAACUUGACUGAAAAAUUUACAGAGAGAGAGAGACACAAAGCUCGUGUGAAAAUCAUGUUCUGGAUAUAUCGUGGAAGGGGCGAGAGAUAGCGUGUUUGCUAUUUUCGAGACGCUGUGGAGCUUUGCCAAAGCGUGCCUUCUCUCUCUCUCUCUCUCUCUCUCUCUCUCUCUCUCUCCCUCCUCUCUUCUACCUCUUCUUCUUAUUUCUUUAUCUAUUCCUUCUUUUUAUUUCUCUCCCUUCCUCUCUCUUUCUCUUCCUUUAACUCCCUAUCUCUCUAUCUUUCGUUGUUGAGACAAGUGAAAAGGAGAGUUGAUGUUACCGUUAUCCUGUUAUUGUUAUCAUUAUUGGGAAUUAGAUAAGAAGAGGAAAAAAGGAUUGGAACGAUCGAAGAUCUAAAGGACUUUUAAAAGUCAAAGCUCGAAGUGGAUAAUAUCGAAAAGGAAGUGAUGUUGGAAUCGAAGAAAUAGUACCCCUUCUUCUUCUUCUUAUAACGUUUAAAACUCAAAGCUCGAAGUGGAUAAGAUUGAGAAGGAAGUGAUUUUGGAAUCGAAGGAAUAGUAUUCCUUCUUCUUCUUCUUCUUCUUCUUCUUCUUCUUCUUCUUCUACUAUUUUUCAGUAAAUCACUUUGAACAUCAACGAUCUCUUCUCGAUUUUCCGGAAUGAAGAUGGGAACCAAUUGGAGAGUGUACGAUGUUGGAAGGUGGUCGUGCAGCGAUCUGGCUCCUUGUAUCAGCCCAACGUGCUGCACGCCACCCGAAAGAUUCACGUACUAACCCUGUUGCACCUGUUUGAACAAAACAAAAAGAAAAAGAAAGUAAAAAAGCAAAAGACCCAACAAAACAAAACGAAACGAAACAAAACAAAACAAAACAAAACAAAAAACCACCAGUCGCAGAGUCCUGCACCGUAACCCCAUGACGCAUUUAACACAUGGCCCGCCUGGAGAUACCGAGCAUAGUGGUGCAUAAAGGAAGCAGGUCGCAAGGUCGACCUGAGAGUCCAACUGUGGUGGUACGCGGAGGAAUGCCCUCGUUGCCGUCCUCCAGGCAAGGCCUUGUCCUCGGUGGCUCCACUGCAGCUUAUACAAGUGCCUCGGGCUCGGAUAUGAUAGACGGGAAUGCCAACCCCACCGUCGGCAGCAACCCCGCACCGAACUCUCACCACCGUCCCACGCCAUCCUGCCCACCUGAUAAAUUGGAUACCGAGAGCAAGAACUUUCGGAAUAGGACGAGUACGAAAGUGAAACUGCUGGUCAGGAGUCAUGCUAUAGGAGAAUCAACGUCUCCACCGAGAGAACCGCACAAUAGUCCGUCGUCACCGCACAGCGCUCAGUCGGUCGAAACAGAGAAAAAAUUCACGAGUAGCCUCUCGCCAAACUCCAACAAUACAAAGCUGAACAACAACGAGCCGAUGUUCAACAGCAAUCUCUGUACGACCCAGUCACCUAAGCAAAUGCGUAACACGGCUACUUCGCCCACUUGUCGAGUUCCAUCGCGAAAUGGUCAAUCUAGUCCCUCUCAGGUCCAUUCACCAAAGAACAUCAUCUCACCGACGAACGGUAAUAAGUCGGAUAAUAAUCAUCGUUCGAAGUUAUCAUCGGGCUCGAAUAUCAUACAGAAAUGCAAUAAUUGCGUGAAAAACAAUCAGAACGAGAGACCGGGUUUGUUACAAACCCCGGUCUCUCCAUCGAAGACAGGCCAGGCUCUCCAGCAUUCACCGAAGAGUACGAAUUUGGCUCCGAAUGCGCAGAACAAUCAACAAAGAUCGGAUCAACGAAGGCCGAACACUCUUAACAUAUGCAACAACCAAUGUUCGGCCCAAUGCGGUAAUAAUACGCUUUCCGUAAGCAGACCGAGCUCGAGACACAAGCUCAGGCAUCAAAAUUCGUCACAGGGUAGCUUCGACAGCGCAUCGCCGUGUUUAUCUCGAGAUAGUAGUACCGAGUUGUACACAGACAGUACCGGUAUCGACCUUGAACAGUUCAUCGCAGAGACGAUAAAUCGUAAUCAAAAGGAUCGUACUGUCUUGUUAAAGAUCGAGAAAGAAUUAAUCGAGUUUGCUAAGGAUAGACAAAAGCUCUGCCAUAAGUUCCCAAAUAUGUCGUCGUACAACAGAAUGUUGGUUCACAGAGUGGCAGCUUAUUUCGGUAUGGAACAUAACGUAGAUCAAUCGGGACUUAGCGUGAUCGUAACGAGAACAAAAAAUAUGCGAAUACCUGACACACGUUUCAAGGAACAUAUCAGGGACGAUCUUAUAUUAUCCGAGGAACCACGUAGAAGUAUACUUAAGAGAGAUUCGAAUUCGUUCGAAGAUAAUUUCAAUUUCAAAUCGCCUGAUAGAUUGUUGGGUGAUUAUUGUCGACGUAGCAAGAGUUUCGAGGAACGACAGGAACAAUACGAAAGAACAAGGCGGAGGAUAUUCAAAGGAAGUAGCGGAGAGAGCAACGAAGUUACUUCCUGGCCAUAUUGGUCCUCGUCCGAAAGUUCCGAUGCGUCGGCUAGGCACCGCUUGUUAUAUCCUUCGGAUCAUGCGAGCAGACAAACUCGAUUGCUGAAAGGUGAAUCCCUCGAUACGAGAGAAUCUUACCGUGGUGAAGUUGUACGACCUUCGGUUUCUAAAUCGUCCAGUUUUGACGGCUAUACGAGAGGCAUGCUAUCAAGAGGGGACAGCGUAACGUCCACGCAUAGUGCUGGAGCUCGUCUCAUGAAACAAGAUUCGGGUGCUAGCGUGUGUUCCCGUUUAAGCCCAUCCAGUAGUGGAUAUAAAUCUCAAAGUCAACGCAGCGACGCUACGAUCUCACCAUCGCCAUCGCCGUCGCCCGUGGCGGCAAUGACAUGUAGUCACACUCAAGUAUCUAGUCAGGAUCUAGCCUCUCCGGAAUCAAGCAAUCAAACGGUGAUGUGGGCUAUUACGAGUUUAUCCAGUGUACCACCUGGUAGCAUCAUCAUAAAUCCUCAAACGAAUCAACCGUACACGAAUGCCGAUGGUUCGAUAUAUCGUUUUGAUCCGGAGAAUCCACCAAAGUUUUUCUCAACCGAAAAUGAAAAUAACGACCAUCAGGCAGCCACUAACAAACAUAACGAAAUGUCUGAACCAACCAAAGCUGCCAGACAGAACGAAGCCAAGAGCGAAAGUAAAAAACGUUCGAAAUCUAAUAACAAUGGUGGUAAUGGUACACCAACACCAACAACGACGACAACGACGACGAAUGCUCACGUGACGAAUACAGCAACGUCACCUAGUCUGCCGUUCACACCGCCUCCGCCACCUCCGCCACCUCCGCCACCCCCGCCAGUUUUAACGCAACAACAGCACAACACGCCUGUUCAGCAGCAACAAACUCUAGUCAAGCCGUCCACGACGGUGCAAACGUGUAGUCAUAAUCAAACGGUACAACCGUACGCGAAUUAUGUACCUACCUCAGAACCGUACAACCAAGGUGUCUAUCAAUCACCUGGGAUGGGACAGCAACAGACUGUUAUGAUGUCGACUUCUCAUCCGACUCAGGGUCAAGCUAACGUGCCGAACAAUGGUCAGAACGAGGUUGCGUUCAAUCAGAAUCCCGUUUAUGCCAAUUACGGUGGCGUACCUGUACAACAAGGAUCGAUGCCACAAUCUAACGAGGUAUCCGAUUUAUCCGGAUAUUUCGUCGGUAUGAAUAUCUACGAUCAACGUGCUGCAGGCGAUAAUCAUUCGACGCCACCGCAUACCUAUCCUCAACCACCGCCAUCUUCCAAUCAAACUAUGCAAAAUGUGCAGACGAUGCAACCUAAUUAUUGGCAACCUCCGCCAAACCAAAUACCGCCACAGCAAACGAUGUACUUCGUGCCACCGCCAGGAACGACGAUUUCGGUAGGACAAAAUCCGGGUGAUAGACAACAAUUACAUCAGCAGCAAAGAUUUACACCGAAUUACGCUUUCAAUGCACAAACUAUGACGCCGCCGAGUCAAUCGAAUGCAAAUUAUAUGAGCAGCUAUCCAGUACCUUACAACUCGGUUCCUGCUGUCGCUCCAGCACCAGCCGAUUAUACUUAUCAACCACCAGUACAUAUGGUUCCAACGUAUUACCCACCACCAGGACAACAACCUAUGCAGCCACCACCAGUUAUGUACAGAGUGCCUACACCACCGAAUACUCCGAUAUCGAAUCAGAUGCCCGGAGUACCAUUGAUGUACGUCAACUCUGGCAGUUACGCACCACCAACUAUGGUAUCUGGUGGAACCUUCGGACAUCAGGUUGCGCAUAAUGGUACAUCCCCUGCACCACCCGGUACUUACAUGACUCCUGCGCUGGUUCCAAAUCUUGUGUUUAGGCAAAACGUUCCUGUUGUUACCGGUGUUCGAGCUUCGACACCAGGUAGCUCUCAAAGAGCAAGCAGGUCACCUACUCCGGCGCACGAACUGUUCGGUGGUGGAAGUGGGGACAGAAACGCACAACCUCAACCACGCUACCCACUGCCAAUGUAUCAGGGUGUCCAUAUCGUGCAAGGAGAUAUGAGACUGAUGCAUCCAGGAGUAUCUGCUAAUCCUCGGUUACCAUACGCACCCGUACCAUCACCACCUGUUGUUCAAGGUUGCCCACGGCCGUAUCGACCAUCCUCUUAUUCUUCGAACACCUCGGGCGGCGGUACGCCUACUUCGUUCGAUGGGAGAAAUCAGAAGAUUCGCAAACAGAGGUCCAAGGUAGCAUCUUUACCACCGAUCAACGCACGGCCCAAUAUUUAUCAGACUCCUUCCAUGCCAUCGCUCUCGUCCAAUGUACCAAAGGAUAUUAGAGAAGAUCGAUACGGCGAAUGUGCUGGAGAGGGUGGUUCCUGCUUUCGCGAGCAAGCUCACGAGUCUACAGAGUCUUGGUCUUUCUCGAGAUAAAUCUAUCGAGCCCCACGUUCCAAUGGAGAAAAAAGAACAGUAAAGGUGACAAUCACCCGUCGGAACCAGUUGGUACAAUAUUAGGUAACGAGGCUGACAGAAGAAUUCUACGAUGAUAAUACGAGAGAAGAGUGUGUGUGCGUGUGUGUAUGUGUGUGUGUAUGGGUUGGGGGGAAUGAAAAUCGUUGAGAAAAUGAAAUUAAAAAAAAACACAUACACAAAAAACAAAACAAAA